AUGUCAAAGGAUUCGCAGAUAGUCCAGGUUUCCAAUCCUGACCCGGAUGUAGACCAGGUGACCAGGAUCCCACUAGACCUUCGUCGAUACAGGAUGGUAAUCACAAUCGCUGCAGCCUGUAUUUUUACAGGAGCAGGGUUACUACCAGGGAUCCUAUACAUUGUCUUACUGAAGGUUGCAAGGCUCAAACUUUGGAUAGUAUUUAUGUUACUCGCAUCGGCAAUCGGCGCAUGCAGUGUUCUGGCUCUGCUCCGCCGGACCUGGACCCUCGUUCGCUCUGACUCUACCUGUCGACCGACUGGAAGCAAGCGGCACCAUCUCGAUUAUUUCCAAUGGAACUUUUUCACGGGGUUCUGUUACAUCGCAGCCCUGAUGAUAGCAGCGAUUAGCACAAGCCAACACGACGACGAUAACAUCGCGGAUACAUCAACUCGACUCAUGAGUCUACCCCUGCCAGUUCUGAUCCUUCAAAUUAGUAGCCAAUUGCUAUGCGCUUGCGUGAUGAGCCGGAUGCACGCUCAAUAUCCGUUCCGCGUUUCGUCGAUGGACAGAACAGCGCUGGUGCGACCCGGGGUCUACACCAUCGUCGAAGACGUGCUCGCAGUUGAUGGUGGACAGGGAGAGGGGUAUCGCCGACUGCUCAAUGCUCGAUAUUGCUCGAGCAAGGCGAUUCGUGUUCUGCUGGCGCGCCUCGACUUAGCGUGGGGCCUUUCUGGAGCGAUCGUGGCGACAGGGCUCAUCAUUCUCAUCGUGACUCUCUCAAGCAUUGAUACAGUAUUCCUCAUUGGAUGGCUGGUCCCCUGGGGGUGGGCCGGACUGCUGGCUGUGGCUACACGAUGGAUGUGGGACAUUGCGCUCAUGCAUGAAGAGGGCGAAUUAUCUGCGAGGUGA